UUGGAUAAAAUAAAAAAUUGUGAACUAAAAUUUAUUUUCAAAAUUGAUUAAUUUUGUUUUCAACGAUUUUUAACAAGCCCUUUUCCGUAACAUUGACGGAACCUGCCUAAGUGAAGCAAAGGACGAUAUCGGUUGUCGUUGGUAGUGUAGUGAAAGUAAACUAUAAAAUUGUGAAUGAAACUUAGAACAUCACCAAAAAUAAUCCACACACUUGCAGUAAACAAAUUAUUAUUUGUCUCUACAGACAGAAUCAAAUAGAAGAAAAACUUGGCCGCCAAAUCAAGAUUGACAUAACUGUCAAUUAUUUUUAUGCUGAUCAUUUAUUAAUAUAUCAAUUUUGACUUUCAUCGAUUCUAUCUCGGCCCCCCUUCCCACCAUGACGCUUUCGGCCAACAGCAAUGCUACCAAUCGCCUCGGGUCGCAGCAGGGACGUAGCCUCCAAUUAGCCGCCGUGCGAAUACAGGCCGGCUACAGAGGAUAUCGCGUGCGCAAGCAGCUCAAACGCUUGUCAAAAUCGAAAGUGAACGGUUGCAAAGAGAACAGCAUGGCAGAAUCAUCAUUGAACAGAGAUAACGUCGACAUUGUCGAAAAAUCAGCAACUAAAAUUCAAGCAGGAGUCAGGGGAUUCCUAGUCCGACGCAAGCAUAAAGGAAAAGAAGCUGCCACCAAAAUCCAAGCAGGAUUCAGAGGAUUCAAAGUCCGGAAAGAGUUCAAAAAAGCAAACGAAGUGUGAAGAUUUUUUGAAUACAGUGCACUGUUAAUGCAUAGUUCCAAAACAAAACGUGAUAUUUGUGAAUGAAGUGAUAUUUUUUUACUGGCCGACAAACAAAAUUUGUAUUACAUAUUAUGAAUAAAAUAUUUAUAGAAAAAAAGUAAAAAUAAUGAUCUUAUCAAAUGAUGCAAGCCAGUUUGAAUAUGAAAACAUCGAAUAAAGUUUCCAAUAAUUCACAUUUUACAUAAGUAUUAUAAUCUUAUUAAUAUAACAUAAAAUAAAUUUAAGAACAUAAUGUUCCAUUUAUUUAAUAUAUCUCGUUUCUAAAUGCGAUUGUGUUGAGGGCAUAAAAUUAAUUUUAUCAAAAUUUUGAUCCUAUGCAAGAACCUACAUUAAUAUAAUGAUCUACGUCAUAAAAAUGUGUGUUACAUCAAGUUUAGCAAUGUUGAUCUUGGUUUGAUUUAUGACACUAGUCAGACAAGAUGAAUGUAUAACCAGAGUUGCAGUAAUAUUCAGCCUUGACCCAAAUUUAGUGAAAUCUUGCACUCGAACACUAAUGAGUUUCGCACGACCAAAAAAUAAACAAAGAACCAUAUUGUAACAGGUUUAACAAUAAGCCUUGUAUUAAGAAAUGGAUCACGUAUCAUAUUGAAGUAGUUGUAAUAUAGCCAA